GAUGCAUUGAGUGGCGGCUUCUACUGGAUGAGCGCCGGAACACCACCCUGGAAUUAGCGGCGGCGCAAAAAACAGUCUGCGCAGGAAUGGCGUUCGGAGUGGCAGAUAUCAGAGGGUCUACGUACAGGGGAAUAUGGGUUGGUUACAAAUGUAAGCUAUUUUAGGGUCCACGGUUGAAAUCAACAAUUGUAUUUGGACCCUAAAUAAAUAGAACAGGUAGCUAAAUUAAAUUAUAGGGCCCAACUAUGGGACUCUCAUGAUUGGAGUUGCUCUUAAGCACUCGCGCGAGGACUCCUACUUUGGGAUGUGCGUUCGGCGCCAUGCAACGGCGGCGACCAAGAGCAGCGCACCGCUGCCGCUUCCUCACGGCGGCGGCCGCCUCGUUCCACAUCCACCUCCUCCUCCUCAGCGCCGUGUCCGCUGCCGGCGUCGAUGAUGACGCGGACACACCGGCGAUUCUGGACACGGUGUGCGCGGCUACGCAGACUGUGGAUCCAGAGGCCUUCGACAUGAGCUUCGACACAACCAUGGAGAUGAUCUACCAGAACGUGAAGAGCUCGGGCUUCGGUGCCGUCGGCUCCGGCGAGGGCAGCAACACAGUGUUCGGCCUCGCGCAGUGCAUGAGCUACCUCUCCCCCACCGACUGCCAACUCUGCUACGGACAGGCCCGCGUGAAGCUGCCGCACUGCCUCCCCGCCGACGGCGGCCGCAUCUACCUCGACGGCUGCUUCCUCCGCUACGGUGGCGACAACUUCACGGCCGCUGCCACCGACGCCAGCGACGCUGCGGUGUGUUCCAACGCCACCGCGCCGGCUGGGUUCGCGGCCGCCGCCGCCGCGCUGGUGCGGAACGUCACGGCGGCUGCGCCGGGCGCCAAGGACUACUACUACGCGGCGGCAUCCGGGCGCGGCGCAUACGCCGCAGCGCAGUGCUGGAGGUCGCUCAACGCCAGCGCGUGCGCCGCGUGCGUGGGCAGCGCGCGCGACCAGCUUGUCCGCGAGUGCCUACCGGCCGCGCCCGAGGGGUACGGCCUCAACGCCGGGUGCGUCGUCAGGUACUCCACGCGGGCGUUCUACCUGCCCGUCAACGCCGGCGGCGGCAGCGGCAGCGGCAGAUCGUCCGCACGGCGCAUUGCUGUCAUCGUGGUCGCUUCAGUCUUGUCGGCGCUGCUUGUAGCCAUGGGCAUAUUAUUCAUCUGGACAAGAAUGAGGUCCAGAUCAAGAGACGAUCUCCUCCAUGACGAUACAGACAUGGACGGCUCCGGCGGGAUGAUCCGCGCCAUCGCCGCGUCGCAUCUGAGCUUCAAGUACCAGGAGCUGCGGACGGCCACCGGCGAGUUCAGCCAGACCAACAAGCUCGGCCAGGGAGGCUACGGCUCCGUCUACAAGGGUGUGCUGGCGGACGGGCGGGAGGUGGCGGUGAAGCGGCUCUUCUUCAGCACGCGGCAGUGGGCGGAGCAGUUCUUCAACGAGGUGAAGCUGGUGAGCCAGGUGAGGCACAAGAACCUGGUCAAGCUGCUGGGCUGCAGCGUGGACGGCCCCGAGAGCCUCCUCGUCUACGAGUACCUCUGCAACACCAGCCUCGACCACUACCUCUUCAGUAUAUAUACUACUUACGCGCUCAAGAAGGCCGUGCUGGAUUGGGAGCGGAGGUUCGAGAUCGUGCUGGGCACCGCGGAGGGCCUCUCCUACCUGCACAGCGCUUCGGAGGUCAGGAUCAUACACCGGGACAUCAAGGCUGGCAACGUCCUGCUGGACGGCAGGUUCAGGCCAAAGAUCGCCGACUUCGGCCUCGCCAGGAACAUCAUGGACGACCAGAGCCAUCUCAGCACCGGCCUCGCCGGAACUUUUGGAUACAUGGCUCCAGAGUACAUCGUCCACGGGCAGCUCACGGAGAAGGCCGACAUCUACAGCUACGGCGUGCUGAUCCUCGAGAUCGUCACUGGCAGGAAGAGCAACAACUCGGUGGCGUCGUCGGAAGAAGGCCUUUCACUCAUGGCACUGGCUUGUUGUGAAAGUUACCCUUUGCCGCUUGGAACAACUGAGCAUCAUUUGCUCCGUUUGACUGGGGCAUAACAAGCGAUUGUAUAUGCCAUUAAAGAGGGUGAAGUUUCGGUUGCUUAUGGACCACCAAUCCUUGAACAGCUUUGUGGUACGCUGGCGAGGAGGCUCAGUGUUGCAGUUGGAUGUGGUCGCAAUUUGCCCCAAAAGACCAAUCUUUUUUAUCGUUGCCCUCAACAAGGUCAAUGGAUUGUAUUAACCAUGCAUGCAUCUACAAAUGUACAAACUCACAAAAUGUUCUCUGUUUACAAAAAAAGUGUGGAAUUUAUAAAAUUAUGUGUACUUAUAAGCCUUUCAUCCUCCAUCUUAGUCCAAUCCCAUCUGCGUUGGAACUACGAUGCAGUGGAGAAUGCGGACUAGUUAGAAGCCACAUCAUUAUAUGGUUGUUUGGUGGCACUAUCAUGUCUGAGGGAGCAUGAGAAGGAGUAGGGACACCAUAUGCUGGAGAAGCAUCACAGGUUGGAGGGAACAUACAAGGAGCACCAUAAGGAGGAGUAUAUAGAGGAGGAGCACCAUACGAGCCAUAUGGAGGAAGAGCGUAUCGAUACUCGUAUGGAUAUGGAGGAGGAUUCAAAUAAGUGAAAGGUUAUGGAUGACAAGCAUCAGUGGAAGGUGCUUCUUCAGUUCUAAGAGGAGGAGAGUCAGUGGUUGGAGGCUCAGUAGGAGGAGGGGCUUUGAUAUUUGGUUAGUAAGGAUAUAAAGGAGGAGCAUACAUAUAAGGAAAGAGAGGUUGAGAAAUUAGGCCAUUGGGAUGAUUAUGACCUUCCGCUCAUCGAUGGUAGAUGUGAGGAAGACCGCCGAAAUAGACUUAUCCCGCACCGAUAGGGACCUCAGGAUGUUGCAGACAGCCAGACAUUACUCGUUGAACAAGUCCAUGAAAGAGUCAUAGUUGGGACUCCACAUCCGAUCCAUAUCGAAACAGAGGUUCGAAAGACCCUAAACGAAGAUGAAAUUGUGUGAAUGAAGUAGAGAACUUGACAAUUAGAGGUGAAAGUAUGUGAAGGAAGCCAAGAACCCCUCUCUAUCUAUAGUGUGGAUUCAGUUUUUUUUGAUUUUUUUAGAAUUUUUUGGGAUUUUUUUAAAUUCAAACGGUUGAAAUUGAAUGGACCAAUCACAGGCGGCCACAUGUUCACCGAUACCGACCGUACCAGGUCGGCAGCAGCUGCGACCUUAACACGUUGGUCGGUAUCGACCACGAGGUCUCCAAUGUGACAUGUGUCGUCCAGAUCGAUCGCCCGUAAUCCAACCGACUAGUUGGUCGUGUCACCUGUCACCCGCCACUGCAUCCGAUGGGGUAAGUACCGACCGUCUGUGAUGCCACGCCAGCGGUCGGUACCGACUGUCAUUGGCACCGGUCUAAGCAUCUUUCGGGUCAAUAUUCACUGCACAAAGCCUAGAAAUAGUUAUGGAAACUAGUUUCUGAGAAUAAAGGAAGUUUUUUGGCUAAUUCUAUAAGUGCGGUUGAGUACCGGCCUACCAGGACCCUCUUCAAAUUGAGAAACAUGCAUAUUCUAGACAGGGCCGGUCCUGACAUUUCGGGGGCCCUAAGCAAAAAUUUAUAUAGAGGCCCCAUAUAACUAGGUAUAUGUAUAUAUCAUCUACAUAUCUACUAAAUACAUAUCAGUAAAGAAACUGUAUAUAAGUUACUGUAAUAUAGAAUAUUACACAUUAUUGUUUAUAAAAUAACAUUGGCUGAAAUAAUAAAAAUUUACUUGUCACUUCU